UCCAUGUACUUGAGUUUUCCAUAUUUCAUGAACACUCGCCUUUUACCACAUUUUGUAUGAACGGCAACAAAAACACUACUAAAAAUCUUGUUUUCCUAAUGUUCUACUAGUCUAGUUGUUUUAAACAUUUUUGCAUUCCUUAUUCUUCUUUUUUGUUAUACCUUUUUGCAUUCAGCGACGUUUUGGUUCAUUUACAUUUUUUUGCGUUUUCAUGAAGAAAUCAUCUGGCAGAGUUCAAAGUAGCUUCAAAUCCCAAAAAAUGGGGAAAAGAAAAGCUGGAAGUAUUCUGGACUUUUUUAAGAAAGCUGAUGCCUCUUCCAGCAUUUUGUUUAAAGAAGAAAUGGGCUCUUCAACUGGAAAAAAGGCAACUACUAAUUCUAAUGAAGCGACUCGCUCCACAAACCAAGAAACCGCUUCAUCAGCACACAAGAAGGAUGAUGAGAAUAUCGCGCAGAUACUGAAAGAGUUCAAUGAUCCAAGUUUUAUAAGUACUAACAGUUUUGCACCGAUGUGGGAAAAUGUUAACGAAGGAUGUAUUUUAGAAAAACAGUCUGAGGCUUUUCGACGCUUGUACGGUGAAAAAGAAGCUGAAGAAACCGUUUGUCCUAUUUGCGGAAUGGAUUUAAGUACACUUUCUAUAAGUGUUGACGUCCAUGUCAACGAUUGCUUGGAUGGUAAAACUAGCAUGAAACAGGUUACGAGCGAUACCGUUGAAGAAAGUACAACUGUUCAAGUGCGUAAAAAAAUGACAUCCUCUACGAGUAUCGUCUUGCGAAACAAAAAGCAACGCACCGUUCCACGUUACAAACUCAUGCCUUUCAACAUUCCGUUUGCCGUCGACGCAUUUAAAUAUGGAAAAAUAGACGGAGUGGAAGCGUACUUUUUAUCUCAUUUUCAUUCUGAUCAUUAUGGCGGACUUUCCUCCUCCUGGUGUCAUGGUCCUAUUUAUUGUUCGAGUGUUACAGGCCGUUUGCUGGAAAAUAUACUGCACGUUGACAAAAAGUACAUUAAGUGUCUGAGCGAAAAUGAACCGCACAAUGUCUAUGGCGUUACUGUCUUCGUCAUUCCUGCAAACCAUUGUCCUGGCUCAAGCAUUUUCCUCUUUGAAACAAUUCACAGCGAAGGAACGAAACGUGUGCUGCACACUGGAGACUUCCGAGCGUGCAGAGCACACAUUGAACAUCCUCUACUGCGUGACAAGCACAUACAUCGGCUAUACCUAGACACUACUUAUCUUGAUCCCAAGUACAUGCUGCCAGCCCAAUCUGAGGUUGUAAACGCCUGUGCUGAAAAGUGUCGUUUGUUGCAAGAAGCAGAUGCUUCACGAUUGCUUGUGGUUGUUAGCACUUACAGCAUUGGAAAAGAAAAAGUUGCCGUCGCCAUAGCGAAAGCCCUGAAAACGCUCAUAUAUGUAGAUGACAGGAAACGCAAAAUUCUCGACCAGCUCGAAGAUGAAGAGCUCCAGCAAUUACUGACGGACGAUCCAAAUACUGCAUCAGUUCAUAUGGCAACAAUGAUGCAAACACAUCCUGAAGCUCUUUCUGACUAUCUGAAUAAGCGAAGGCCGACGUUCGAUAGAAUCGUCAGCUUUCGUGUUACCGGUUGGGAAUAUAGACCUAAAGGCAAAAAGCUCAGUGUCGUUAGCAACUUAAACUCUAUACUCACAUCUCCUCCUGCACCGUUUGGACCCAGAGAUUUGCGAAUGGCCCGGGGUAGCAGUCCCUCGUGCGUUUCGUUUCUCGCCCCGUAUAGCGAACAUUCAAGCUUCUACGACCUGUCUGUCUUUUGUUCUGCUCUGGAUGUUGAUGUUAUUAUUCCUACUGUUAAUCUAUAUGACCAGGCAUCCCGAAGGAGAAUGAACGUCUGGAUAGGUCGCUGGAAUGGACGACGCAAAAAACACGGAGUUCUUUCAAUAGACGAUUUGAAAUGGUAACUGAUACAUAUAUAUAUUAAUAGUAAUAAUGAUAUAACAAUAAUAAUGAUGGUAACGAUUUUAAUUCCGCGAAGGGAAAGGAACAA